AUGAGUUCCAUGUUCAAGAAACGCGGUGGGCCCGCCUUCAAGCCUAAGGUGCCUUCAGCGCGCGCACGUCCUGCUGCGCCUGCACUAGCCAAGGCAGCCGCCGCCCAAGUUGCCGCAGAGAAGAUCGACGCGGAGGACGAGAUUAGGGACUCUGUGGAAACUUUCCAGGCAGCAACCUCAGGCCAAUCGACGCCGAGAGAAACGAGUACCGCUACGGAAAGCAGAGACCAAGCGACGAAAUCGACCACUACCGACCGGCCACGGGUCGCGCAGCAGCAUACACCCGAUCCGUUGAGGCCCCAGGACACAGCAUCGAGCAGCACACAAAAAGCAACUGUAGAAAUUGCAGCAAGCAUAGACCGAGCGGGCACGGAGGAAGCGACUGUUGCGCACAAUGCACCGCCAACACUAGCUCCAGAUAGCACACCCAUGGAAGCACCAGCAAGGGUUUCAUCAAGACUAUCACACUCGAUCAGUAGACCUGCGGCCGGUCCGACAUCGGAAAACCAUGCUCAAGACAUUGACGGGGUGAACAACGCGCCAGAGCAGGAGCCAGAGCAAGAUGAACUCCCUGCAGUGGCAGAUCUUGCAACGGUAAAACCAACUCCAAAACCCAGACCUAGACCCAGAGCACCUGUGCGCCCCAAAGGCAGCAAGGCUACUGUGGCAGUAGAGGACCCCACGACGGCCUCGACAGCGGAAGACGCCCCGGCCGCUCGUCCAGCGAAGCGCCCACGGGCGACCCCGCGGCGGCCUUCUGAUGCAGCAGCAGCCGUUGAUCAGGACGGGGCGACAGGCGAGGAGGAGAGUGAGUCGGCCGUGCAAGAUGAGUCCGAGUCCGCGCCUAAGCGACCACGGAAACGAGCCGCGCCUAAGAAUCCACGAAAACCGAGACAACGUUCCGCCACGCCCGAAGAUGCAGAAGAGCAAACGGUGGACUUGCAGAACCUCAAGAUGGCAGACUUAACGCAAGAUCUCCGGAUUGGCAAAAAGUUCAGUCGGCAUGACGAACUGCGCGAGCGGGAAAGGCAGGCCAAACUCAGGCGGAAACGGGGGGAGAGCGUGGCGGACGAUGAGUCGGCGGCCAAGAAUUCGCCUGGUCCGUCCAACGAAGGUGCCUCGCCUGCGGCGGCGGCGGGGACACCUGCUGCUACUGCUGCUGCUGCUAAUGGGGAGCCCUCGCAAGCGCCUGCGGCAGGCCCUCAGUUCCGUAUCGUGGAUGGCCAAAUUGUCGUGGACCAGUCGUCCCUCGUCAUGGACCGUCACGCUCGGGCAGCCGCCAAUGCAGAGGACAUGGAAGCCAUUGAAGAGAACGACUUUACGCGCCUUAUCACGUCAAACUCGUUCAUGAAUACCUCCAAGCUCAAGGGUCCCAACAUCUGGACCGCCGAGGAGACAGAGCUGUUCUACCGGGCACUGGGCAUGUUCGGGACCGACUUUGAAAUGAUUUCGAAAAUGUUCCCUGGCAAGCAGCGCCGGCACGUCAAGCUCAAAUUCAACCGCGAGGAGCGGCACAAUCCCAGUUUGAUCGACUCGGCGCUCAUUGGGGAGAAGUCUGUCAAGAUGGACAUUGACGAGUACAAGACCAUGACCAGCACCGAGUUUGAGUCCAUUGAGAGCAUCGAGGCCGAGCACAAGAAGGCCGAGGAGGAGUUUGAGGCCGAGCGACAACGUGUCCUGGACGAGCAGGCCGAGGUCAUGCGGAAGAAGCGUGAGCAGCUCUUUGCCGAUGAUGACGGGAAUCCAGCGGGCGAGGGCGAGAAUGCCGAGCUCCACGGCAAAAAGAAGAAGAAGAAAAAGAGCAAGAAGCAGCAGGCUGAGGAGGCUGGUCUCUACGGCGAAGAAGAGAUCAUUGAGUGA